CUCCAUUGGAUUGGCCCUUUACUUGCCACAGCUGCCAUUAGCUUGUCUGGCAAAUCCAAUUAUGCGCUUAUGUCCCCGGUCUAAAAAUAGUCGAAAAUGACAGAAAACACAGAAUCGACACGUCGCUUGUUGUGAGCGCAGAGGAAAUGAUAUCUGGGGACUUUGGUCUCAGCAAAGACAAUUGAGCUGUCAUGAGGACAUGAUGACGACGACGAUGACGAUAGGCAACAAGCUGCCGUGACAGAUGGGGACCUGGCGACGAAGGAGAGGUGGAUGACAUGGCAGCGGGGGACGUGUGAGAGGAAGGAUUAGAUUGACAAGGCGGAUGUCUGAGGGAAAUUAAAGGGAAUAAGGAUGGGGACCUUUGUGACCCUGGCAGAGGUGCUAGAGGCCAGGGGUUCACCACUCGAUGAGGAUGAGGUCUGGUGUCUGCUGCUUGUCACCACCGAGGCCUUACUGGAUGUUUCCAAGAAAGGCUCUGGCAACAUGUGCAGUGUCCUCAGCCCAGGCUCGGUGCUACUGUCCGCUAAUGGACGUAUGGCCUUCAAGAGCUGCGGGCGAAAUGAUGAUGUGGCCUCUUUCGUGGCUCCUGAAGUCAUUCAGGGUCACACCGCCUCCACAAGAACCACAGCUGAAAAGACGCUUGUGUACUCACUGGGCAUGACUUUUUACUGGUGCGUGGAUUAUCAGGUACCUCAAAACCAGCCCAUCUAUCUUAGUGCAGCGCUGGAGGGUUUACUCUUGAGCAUGUGCGAGGACACAGUAGUGAGGCGGACAAACCUGAUGACGGUGCUCGAGACCUGCGAGCUUCACCACAAGACCUUUAUGCUCCAUCCAGCGGAGCGGCUUGUCAAGCAGCUGGUGGAAGACAUCUACAGAAACUCGGUAGAUCCGGUGUCAAUGACAGAAAACGGAUCCCUGCUGAGUGAUCGCAGUCAGAUCAUCAGAGACAAGUUACACGGUCGGUCUUUUUGUAACUCUACAUGGUUGACAAAAAAGAAGAUCUCCAGAAGAUUCUCAGGAGCAUCCUAUACACCAGAGUCCUUGGGAUGUCGACGCACUGAGAGUAACGGGAGCUGGCAGCAAUUCAAUCGCACUGUUUGUAGCCCAUACCUGGGCGGAGACCGACGCGCUAACUCGAGAUUUCUCACACAGUUUGAGUCGACAAUGAGUCUGACUGAGAAAAAAAUGAAGGAGAUGGGUCCAGAAUUUAUUAGAAUGUCGGAUGAGCCCGUGGUUGUCUUAGAGCUGCCUGGAUCCAUUUUGUCAAAAAAGGGGAAAUCUCCCAGCACGCAGCGAGAACUGACUGUGGUGAUGCCAAACGGUCAGAACAUAGCCAUCAAAUGCGAGGUGAAAUCCAGAGGCGGCGACGUGUUUGAUAUGAUUGUCGCUCACGCCAACCUGGUGGAACACUUUUACUUCGGCCUUGCUUACAUUGAUGAUAACGAGUUUUUCUUUGUGGACAAUGAGACCAAGAUUUCCAAAAUUGCUCCCGAGAGCUGGAAGAAAGUGCCUUCAACCACCUUUGUCCUUUUCUUCAGGGUCAAAUUCUUUGUCAAUGACAUUUCUACUAUUUUGCACAAACAGACCCACCACCAGUACUACCUCCAACUUCGAAGAGACCUCUUGGACAACAGAUUGUCCUGCCAUGAGGAGACUGCUCUGUACCUCGGAGCGCUGGCCUUGCAGACGGAGUAUGGGGACUGCAUGCCUGAGGUGUACGGUAGAAACUACUGUCGCCCCGAUCAAUACGUCCCCAAAAGCGUGAUAGAGAAACGCGCCUUGCCUUAUAUUCUCGGAGAACUGCAACGGCUCCACACAAACAAUGCCCAGAUGCUCACAGAUGAAUCCGAGCUGGAGUUCCUCAAAGUGUGUCUGCAGUUGCCCGAAUACGGUGUUUUGUUCCACCGCGUGACACGUGAGAAAAAGCCCGUGGAAGGAGAAAUUAUCCUCGGAGUUUGUGCCAAAGGCGUUAUUGUCUAUGAGGUGAAAGAUGGCUGCCGAAGCACAAGCCAGACGUUUUAUUGGAGGGAGACGGAAACUAUUUCCUCCAAUAGGCAUAAAUUUGUAAUCGAGUGCCGGGCCAGUAAGAAGAAACACACCUUCAUCGCAGAGACGUCAAAGAUAGCCAAAUACCUGUGCAACCUCUGCUCAUCGCAGCACAAGUUCAACAACGAGAUGAAUUCUCGUCAGCUCAGUCACAGCAUGGUCUCGGACGAGAACAUUUCUCAAUACGCGACGGCUUGCCGGACUCCAAACAGCCGCUUCAAGUCCAUCAUGGGCUCCGAGACGCCUCAAGAUGACAGCGGUCUCAACACUCCUCAACGCGAGUCUCUGACAAGGCUUUGUGAAGAUGUCGCCGCUCGGAUCGAGGCCCGCUUUAAACAGCAGCGCCAGAGCCUUUACGAACAAAGCACGUGCUCCAGCAGUCAGUGCGGCAGCACUGGCAUGCGUUCUCCAGCCUGUUCUCCCAGAAGUGGAUCUGAAGCUCCUUUUGGCUCACCAGCAGCCAGAGAAACUCCAACGAAACAAGGGCCACCGUCAGAGAGAGAGGUCCUAUGCGUUUCUCUCAAGAAAGAUCCGAAGCUUGGCCUUGGCAUCAUGAUUGUGGGAGAAGACACGGCGGGACGCUAUGAUCUGGGCAUUUUUAUUGCAUCUGUGGUGCCGGGGGGGCCUGCUGAUAAGGAUGGACGUAUACGAGCAGGUGGUCGCCUGAUCUCUCUGAACCACAUCAGCCUGGAGGGCGCCACCUUUAGCGAGGCAGCGGAGGUCAUGCAGAGCAGCCCGGAGGAGGUGCAGCUCAUUAUCUCACAGCCAAAAGCCCCACAAACUCCAAACACUCUGCGGCCUUCUGCAUUGAGGAAUUAUGAGUCGCAAACUACGCUGAUGGCAUACGGGCAGCCGGGAGACAGCCUGGAUGAGAUUGUCUCCGUCAUGAUGGAGCCAAAGACCGGCAACAGACUCCAGCCUCCCCAAGAAGUCCGGAUCUUAAACGCGCAGGACGGCUGUUCGCUUUCUUCCUCUCUGAACUGCGUGAGGUCGGAGGAGAACAUCGUGAAGCUCAAGAAGGUCGCCGGAAGCCUGGGCAUCAGCAUCACGGAUGGUGUCACUACUAAUGCUCCCAACGGUGGAAUCUACAUCAAGAGCCUUGUUCCGGGAGGGUCUGCUGAGAGAGACGGUCGCCUACGUGCAGGUGACAGGAUAUUAGAGGUCGAUGGGAUUCGUUUUCAAGGCUUCACCUAUGAACAGGCCGUGGAAUGCCUGUGCAAAACCGGGGAUACGGUGACAUUGGCUGUGGAGAGUGCGCCCAAGAGCUUCCCGAGAGUUUCAUUGAGCGCCAACACUGACAGCAGUGAGCCCAUUCAAAAUGUGGAUGGAGCGACCAGGCAGUUUCGGAUCAACAGCGCCUCGUCCAUGAGCACCCCUUCCCACGUUUUCUGCGACCGACCCAGGGACUACAACUUUGUUACCGAUGAAAAUACACAGGAAGUGACUCUGACUAAGAGCGCCAACGGUCUGGGCUUCAGCUUCGUUAUGUGUGAGCUGGACCCGCCGAUUCCGGAGUUGGGCAACCUGAUCCGGAUAAAGCAGCUUUUCCCCGGCCAACCGGCCCAAAUGAGUGGCAGGAUCAAUGAGGGGGAUGUACUUUUAGCCAUCGACGGCCAUUCGCUCAAGGAGCUGUCUUAUCCAAAAGUACUAAAGUUGUUCAAGACGUCAGGCCCCGAGGUCCGACUGACCCUCUGUAGGCCUUUACCAGGGAUCCUUCCAUCGAUCCAUCAGCUUACAGGGGGCGCGUGAGUCAGUCGUGUGUCACACAGCGGCGACCAAGAACAUUUGGAGGCAGCUCUCUUUGCAUCCUGAUCAGACGGAGAUGUCAUACGAGGAUUUGCUCAAAGAGGGCAGCAUACGAAAGAAACAGAUGAACUGACUGCAGGUGAAACACGGGAGUUUGUUUGCGGCAAGAUGAACCAAACGAAAGACAACUGGAGUAUAUACCAAAAAGACGACAUCAAUUGCGGGCUUUUAAGGAUACCUGUGCUUCUUAGCACCAUAAAAUAAUACCGUGGGUUUUGCUUCUGAAUAUGUAUCCUGAUAUCAGUGGGUUUUUUUUUAAUAUAUAUGUUGGAGGUUUUGUUUGUGGACACUACUCUUUUCAAUGCAAAAUAAAACUACCUGAACCAAAAUCUGACCUCAAUGUGGAUGAUUCCCCCUCCAAAAAAAAAAAAAAAAGCCCAAGUUAAAUAUGAAGACAAAUUGGGCAGGGCGGACACUGGCGCACGCCUCCCUGGGUAAGGAGGAGCCAGUCAUCGUCCCUCGUAAAAUAAGGGGUUCCUGUAUUACAGCCAAAGCCAGUAGUGCAUCUGGAUCCCAUCACCACUUGUGCUCCCUUUGCAAAUGAUCCCAAAUGUUUCUAAUUAUGCCAGUGGAGACGGCCCAAGGCUGUGUGAGUAUGUGUAUGUUUUGUGUGGAAUCGCCCUGACGGACGUGUACACCCAAACACUAGCCUUUGUUUAUUCAUGAGCGGAGAAGCAGCAAUGGACAGCGCGGUCUUGACCUCUGCGGCCUCUGCUUAGGUCAGUGCACGUGGCGAUGACUGAUGAGGGCAAUGAUGGAGUAUGGGAAGAAUAUCAAUUGAGGAGUUUGGAGUGGGAACUCAGUAAAAAAAAAAAAAAAAAUACAGCUUUCACCAUCUGACUAAAUAUGUCCUCACCUCGAAUCAAAAGGGCGCACAUUCAUACAUCUUAGGCCACCCUCCCUGAACCAGGAUACACAUUCAAACACAAACUGCCAGUCCUACUUUCGGAGCUGAGGUGCACAAGCAAAUAAAACUGAGCACGGCAAUGUUAGAUAAUGGGCCUGCGUCAAAAACCGCCACACUAUGUGUACGUUGAAUUGAUU